AAACAAGUUUAGUUAAUUUAUUGAAGACGAGUCAAGAGGUUGAAACAGGAUUUCUGUCUAAUCAUAAAAUGCAGAUAUUUUUAAAUAAUGAAAAACUUAUUUUUUUUUUAUUAUUAUUUAUAAUUAACAAAGUUUAUGUGUCGGGUCAAACGCGCAAUUCGAUUGAGACUUCAAAAUGUGAGCAGUAUAAGAAAAGAGUUUUUAACAAAGAAGUGACCUUUCAACCAUUAAUAUACAAACCCAAUCUAAUCGCAGUGGAAGAGGAUAAUUGUAAAUCGUAUGCACCUUUCGUUGUUGGUGGGAAGCCAGCAAAGGGUAAGGAAUUUCCACACAUGGCUCGUUUGGGUUAUGCCGAAGAAAACAAACCCAUAUCUUGGUUUUGCGGAGGCACUCUUGUGAGCGAAAAAAUGGUUUUGACAGCAGCACAUUGUUUUGAGUACAAUGAUGGUGACUUAAAUCGCGUUCGGUUAGGUGAACUUGAUUUUGAUAAAACGGAUGAUGAUGCACAACCAGAAGAUUUUAAUAUUGCUCGAUACAUAGCACACCCAGAUUAUAAUGAUGAUUCAGCCUUCAAUGAUAUAGGUCUAGUUGAACUCGCUAAAUCUGUUAUUUUCAGUGAAUAUAAACUUCCAGCCUGCUUGCCGAUAACAAGUGGAGACGAAUUUUCAAAGCUCAUUGCUGUUGGCUGGGGAUCUAUUGCAUUUGCCCAGCCAGGCCCAGGUUAUUUACUUAAAGUUGGUUUGGAACAUUUUCCAUCAAAUCUCUGCGACACAAGUGCCAGAGAUUCUGAUAUUGAUAAAUUAAAAGACGGUUUUAAUAGUGAUUCUCAAAUAUGCGCCGGUUCAAAAAAAAAGGAAGAUACAUGUGACGGAGACUCCGGAGGUCCUUUGUUGUCCUAUCACCCCAAAUAUGAUUGCAUGUAUUAUGUGGUUGGAAUAACUUCGACUGGUUUUGGGUCAUGUGGAACACCCGGAGUUCCUGCAGCAUAUACAAGAGUUUAUAAAUAUGUUGAUUGGAUAAAACGACACAUAUGGUGAUAAUUUAUAUGUUUGAUAGCAAAAUUUAUGGACAUAUAAUUAAAAUAUUUUGAUUUUUAUCAGAAAACAAUU